UGUGUGUGUGUAUACACUGCAUAUUUAUCUGCACACCAUCAUGGUGUUUUGUAAAUGAUAAAACAAGUAAUUACAACUACAGUAUAAGAAAAUAAGGAUGGGUGAUGCAUCAUUGUAAGAACUAUGUGAAAAAAGAUGGUUCAACACCCAGGAAGGUUUCGGGGGGGAUCAUUACUUCUUGCUACAUUGGAUUUCAUAGAACAAUAAUACUAUAUAUAACAUGUAUGUAUGUAUUCUAACAAUAAAUGAAAACAAAGAAAACAAUCCACUCCGAUGAUUUUCAUGCUCAAGAUAUAUUUUAUUCAGAAGAACAGCAUUCACAGGUAGCAGCAGUAUAAUUGUUCCCUCAAGGAUGUAAUUAAAUUAUUUUCUCCACUCCAAACAUUUUGACACCAGAGUGCUUGCUUUACCUACAGAACAUGGUAAGCUUUGCUCAGUAUUGACCAGCAUCCCAUCAGAAUGUGUGCUUCUCUAAGCUCUAGAUCUGUUGAUGAACCCACUUCUGAUGGUUCUACUUCUGCUUCUGCCCGGGCCAUUUCCACCACUGUCCACCUGGAUGGGGCUGGAGAUGGAGCGUGCUCCACUAAUGGCUUUGCUGCAACAACCCUGGGACCCGUGUACAAGUCUUUUCCUUAGACAACUGACAUAAUCUUGUCUAAUUUUGUCUUUACAACAACGGAAAAUUGGUCUUUUCAGAAUACUGGGGCAAGGAAAACAACGUAAAGUAAACCUUAAGUGAAUGUGCUGUACACACUAAAAUGCAGCAAAGAAUUUACAGACUGUGUGUCAUUUCACACCCUUCCCUGAUGUGUUUCAUAUAAACAGUUGGCCUUUCUGGGUUGAAGUGAAGUAAAUGUGUAUUUAUUGGUGUGUACGUUUGAGUUUAAUCUCAGUUUUUGAAAUAUUUAACUGCCUUUAAGCUAUGCACAUGGACAUAUGUUCUUAACAUGCUUCCAGUGAUUACAUUCUUCCUGUCGUAUUAAAAUCACUGAUCAUUUGCAUAAGUUUCAUAUACUUUUCAACACUGUCAUGAUUAAAUGAUAAAUGACCCACACUUGUAUAGCGCCUCUCAGAGUAAGGACUCCAAAGCGCUUUACACUACAGUGUAUCAUUCAUCCAUUCACACACACAUUCAUACACCGGUGGAGAUGAGAGGCGAGGCUGCCGAGCACAGGCGCCACCGGACCCUCCGACCACCACCAGCAGGCAAGGUGGGUUAAGUGUCUUGCCCAAGGACACAACAGCAGAAUUCUCUGUCAGGAGCCGGGAUCGAACCUGCAACCUUCCGAUUACUGGACAACCCGCUCAACCUCCUGAGCUGCUGCUGCCCACAAGCACACCAACCGGACCUCUUUUGUGAUGUGCAGCUUAAUGUUGAAGGAUCGCCGUGAUACAGUUAGUUUUUGGAGGUUAACGGAUUCUCCGUUUAUUCUGAGGAGCUCAGUAAACAGAAACUCAAAACAAACUACUUCAGAGGCUGGGUAGGUCUCUGGAGGGACAAACGGUUUAUAAAUACACGAGGAACCUUUACACAUCUGACAUACCUGAUGAGCUCUGUAAACACAAAGCGAACAACUUCAAAGGCUGCCAGCUCUAAUUACAGAACACAUUUUGUCUGAUUAUAUAAAAAGAAACUGAUUUAACUCGGUUACAAAGGCAUACAAGUCAUUAGAUGGCUGCAGGUCGCUCAUGUCAGGAGAUGUGAGGCAGAUACUUUACUUUGUUGUUCUGUCAUGAGACUCUUGGUGGUUGUUAACCAUUGCUUUUGUUUUAUCUGCUGUAAUCCUGUAAAAUUUUACAUUACGGUCCUUUCAUCUAUUUGUGCAGCCUACAACGCUGCAUGUGCUAACGCAGAUAUUUAAUUCAGUUUAUUGAUAACUGACAGAUAAUAACAGUGGACAGAUGGGGUGUGCUGUCUUUUUGUAGCCUGGCAAGCCAGACUAAAUAAAUGUAUUAUUUAGUCUGGCCAUGCUUCAUUGACGGUUCUCGGUUGUGGGGCGGGUUCUACCGUUGUCUUUCAAAUGAUCUCCGCAUUCCACUGGACAAUGAACGUGACAUACUCUUGUUUCACUCUGUUGCAUCAUCCCACCCACCAGGCAUAUAGAGUGCUCUGAUUGGCCCACAAAGCGGAUAAAGCUCUGUGAUUUGUUCGCCUUGGGCUUCCUGACAGGGUUGCGGAAGGCGCUUUAUAAAUAAAGCUUUGAUUGAUUGGUUAAGCAGAUAGAGCACUAUGAUUGGCCCACCAUUAUGAACCAAUCACAGCUCUUUAUGUGUUUGAAACCCCCUCUAGAGAGCUGUGAUUGGCUAGCCAGAGUCCUGGUAGGAGCUUCGGAGGUUCCAAUGGAGCAUGCCUAGACAACUUUGCAAAGCAAGAAUUUGGUCUAGUUCACUAGGCUAGUCUUUUUGCUCGCCGAUCAGAAGCUGGGGGGUGGGGUUUGGGUGCAUUACGUCAUGCAUCAAGGGGUAGAAAGCUUAGUAUUUGAAUGAAAUAAACACAGCCAUAUGUGUACUGAUGUGUUUACAUAUAACUACUCAAAUCUGACAAUUUGCAUCUGUUGUAGCUUCACCAGAACACCAAAACAGAUGUUGGUUUCCUUUGACUUUUCUUUUAUUCUGCAUAAAAGAGUUAAACGAGUUCUGUGAAAAACAAUGUAAAUCCGCAUAUUUAGGGAUGAUCAAUCAGAGGAGGACCGUGUUCUAGGUUGGGACACUUCUCACCCUCUUUGUUUUGGGCCAUUCACACUCACAGCAGAGGGAGAUCAGCUGUCAGAGCUGCAACACAUUCCACUCUGAGGUGUUUAUUUUUAGCUCACAGCCAUGAUCUCCCUUUUAUCUGGACCUGUGCAAUUGUGGCUGAGUGUGAGAUUGUAUUCCUACCAACUACAGAACUAGAAUUCAGAGGAGGAAUCCUUCAAUGGGAAAUUACAAAUCAAGACCAUCUCAGACUUGCACUGAUGAGUGGAAGAAGAAGGUGGGCGAGUCAUACUCUGUGAUCAUUGAGAGGCUGGACAAUGACUUCCAGCUUCCAGAGAGUGCGUUGGCGGACCUUAACCUCGCUUUCAGCUCGGAUGAGGCUUUUAAGAAGGUGAAUGUGAAUUACCGAACAGAGAAGGGGCUGUCGCUGCUGCACCUCUGCUGUGUGUGUGGAGGAACCAAGGCCCACAUGCACACCUUGAUGCUAAAGGGUCUGCGUCCUUCUAGACUGAGCAGAAAUGGUUUCACUGCGCUCCAGUUGGCUGCUUACAAGGACAACACAGAGCUGCUGACCGCUCUCCUCCACGGUGGGUCAGACGUGCAGCAGGUGGGAUACGGGGCUCUCACAGCCCUUCAUGUUGCUACCCUGGCUGGGCAUCAAGAGGCUGCAGAUAUACUCCUGCAACAUGGAGCAUCUGUAAAUGUUCAGGAUGCUGUGUUUUUCACUCCACUGCACAUCGCCUCCUACUAUGGCCAUGAACAGGUGGUGAAGCUUCUGCUGAAGUUUGGAGCAGAUGUGAAUGCAAGUGGUGAGGUUGGAGACAGACCGCUGCACCUGGCAGCUGCCAAAGGUUUUCUUGGUGUCAUCAAACUGCUGUUAAGUGAUGGAAGCAGAGCUAAUGUAAACGCCCAGGACAAUGAAGAUCACGCCCCUCUUCACUUCUGUGCCCGUUUUGGUCACCAUGAGAUCAUCCAGUUUCUUCUCCAAGGAAAGUUCGAGGUUCAGCCUCAUUCUGUGAACAUCUACGGAGACACGCCGUUACACCUGGCGUGCUAUAAUGGUAAGUUUGCUGCAGUGAAGGAGAUAAUACAGCUGUCUGGUACAGAGAGUCUUUCAAAGGAGAACAUAUUCAGUGAGACAGCGCUCCAGAGCGCGUGCACUUACGGUAAAGACAUGGAGAUGGUGAAAUUCUUGCUGAGCCUAAACGCCAUGAGUAUCAACUAUCAGGGCAGAGAUGGACACACAGCUCUACACAGUGCGUGUUUCCAUGGCCACAUCCGCCUGGUGCAGUUCCUGCUGGACAGUGGUGCAGACAUGAACCUUGUUGCCUGUGACCCCAGCAGGUCCAGCGGGGAGAAAGAGGAGCAAACCUGUCUGAUGUGGGCCUAUGAGAAAGGUCACGAUGCCAUCGUCACUUUACUGAAACACUACAAGCGUCCUGAUGAUUCUCCAUGCAAUGAGUACUCUCAGCCAGGAGGGGAUGGGUCCUAUGUUUCCGUUCCGUCUCCUCUUGGAAAGAUCAAAAGCAUGACUAAAGAGAAAGCAGAAGUUCUGGUGCUCAGGGCCAGCCUUCCAUCCCAUUUCCACCUUCAGCUGUCUGAGCUGGAGUUUAAUGAAAUUAUCGGUUCUGGCUCCUUUGGGAGAGUCUACAGAGGCAAGUGCAGAAACAAAAUUGUGGCCAUAAAACGCUAUCGAGCCAACACGUACUGCUCCAAGUCAGAUGUGGAUAUGUUUUGCAGAGAAGUUUCCAUCCUCUGUCGUCUCAAUCACCCCUGUAUCAUCCAGUUUGUAGGGGCAUGCCUGGAUGACCCCAGUCAGUUUGCCAUCGUCACCCAGUACAUCUCAGGAGGUUCUCUGUUCUCUCUGCUGCACGAGCAGAAGAGGCUUAUCGACCUGCAGUCCAAGCUCAUCAUCGCCAUCGACGUGGCCAAGGGCAUGGAGUACCUGCACAACCUCACCCAGCCCAUCAUCCACCGGGACCUCAACAGCCACAAUAUCCUGCUGUAUGAAGACGGUCAUGCAGUGGUGGCUGACUUUGGAGAAUCCAGAUUUCUCCAAUCUGUAGACGAGGACAACAUGACCAAGCAGCCGGGGAACCUGCGCUGGAUGGCUCCUGAAGUGUUCACACAGUGCACCCGUUAUUCAGUGAAGGCAGACAUGUUCAGCUAUGCCCUCUGUCUGUGGGAGCUGCUCACUGGAGAAAUCCCCUUUGCUCACUUGAAACCAGCUGCGGCUGCAGCAGACAUGGCGUACCAUCACAUCCGGCCUCCUAUUGGCUACUCCAUCCCCAAACCCAUAUCUGCUCUUCUCAUGAGAGGCUGGAACUCGUGCCCAGAGGAUAGACCUGAGUUCUCAGAAGUGGUUUCGAGUCUGGAGGAAUGCCUGUGCAAUGUUGAGCUGAUGUCUCCAGCUUCCAGCAACAGCAGUGGCUCCCUGUCUCCCUCCUCCUCUUCUGACUGUCUGCUGGGGCGAGGAGGACCGGGCCGGAGCCACGUGGCUGCCCUGCGCUCCCGUUUUGAGCUGGAGCAUGCUCUCAACACUCGCGCCUAUGCCUUCUGGACUCAGAGCGAGCGUCGGCGAGCUUCUGGUGGCCUCACGUUGGAAGAAAUCAGGAGGAACAUGCAGUUCUCUCCCAUCGAUCGUAAUGGGUAUGUUUCUGAUCCAAUGAGCACCAUGAGGUUCUGCACGUCGUUCAGCAGCAGUGGCAGCUUUGAGGACGGUACCUGAACCCAAAUGGAGCCGUGUGGUUAUUGCAUACACAUACCGAGUGAAUUUGUCAUUGGAUUUUAGAAUACAUUUAAUACAUUUUUGUGCAGUUGUACACUUUUGUUUAUCUAAUUCUUCAUAUAUAUAUAUAU